UGUGUGUGUGUGUAAGAUUCUGUCGCUAAAAUAACAUGAAAUCGAGCGGAUUUCGGGCGAAAUGGUGUGUCUGCUUGGGUGUGUGUGUGCUGGGGCUUUUUGUGGUGGUCGCUGUGGGAGAACAGAGCUGCAAACUCAAGGCCAAGUUCAACCUGAUGGGCUACAAGAACGUGGAGAAGAAGAAGGUGGUGAUCGGUGGGAUGUUUUCCGUGCACAACCGGCUAACCUCCACCGACUCCAACACCUCGUCCAACCCGGUGUCUUCUGGCUGUGAAGGGUUUAAUUUCCGCACCUUCCGCUGGACACAGACGAUGCUGUUUGCUAUUAAUGAGAUCAACAAAAGGCCAGACCUGCUGCCCAACACCGAACUUGGGUAUGUCAUCUACGACUCGUGCUUCACCAUCUCCAAGGCUGUGGAAGGAACUCUGACCUUCCUGACAGGUCAAGACGAGGCCGUGCCUAAUUACCGCUGUGGGAACGGGCCUCCACUUGCCGCUAUGGUGGGAGCAGGAGGAUGUGACCUCUCUGUCGCUACGGCUCGCAUUCUCGGCCUUUACUAUUUCCCACAGGUGAGCUACUCGUCUUCAUGUUCCGUCCUCGAGAGCAGGUUCCAGUAUCCCACCUUCCUGCGCACCAUCCCGAGCGACGAGCACCAGUCGGUGGCUAUGGCUCAACUGGUAUUGAAAUUUGGCUGGACCUGGGUGGGCACCAUCGCUUCUGACGACGAUUACGGUAAAUAUGGAAUCAAGCGUUUCAAAGAGGUAGUCGAGGAGGCAGGCGUGUGCAUCUCCUUCUCUGAGACGCUCCCUAAGUUCAACGCUCCAGACACCAUCAAACGCAUCGUCCACACCAUCAUGGAUUCCACAGCCAAGAUCGUUGUAGUGUUCUCGUCUGACGUGGAUCUGGGUCCACUGGUGGAGGAGCUGCUGCUCAACAACGUCACCAACCGCACGUGGAUUGCCAGUGAGAACUGGGUCACGUCUGCUCUCAUCUCACGCCAGCCCAACGUUAUGUCCUUGCUGAGUGGAACGAUCGGCUUUGCUAUUACUCGGGCACAAGUUCCAGGCCUGCUUGAGCACCUUUUAAAUAUCGACCCCUACCAGGAUGCUUUGACUGAGGAGUUCUGGGAAACAGCCUUCAACUGCACUCUCAGUUACAGCCGAGCGCUGAACAGCGCCCGAGCGCAGCUGGCUUCAGAGGUGGGGAAUGCAACGGCGUCACGGGCAGCAGCCAGACUGGCACCACAGGGCUUGUGCACCGGGAAAGAAAGUCUACUGCAACUGAAUAACACCUAUUCCGACGUGUCCCAGUUGAGACUGACAUAUAACGUGUAUAAAGCCGUGUACGCUGUAGCCUAUGCGCUGCACAACCUGGAGUACUGCGUACCUGGGAAAGGCCCUUUCGUAGGGGGCUCAUGUGCUGACAUCACCAACUUCGAGCCUUGGCAACUGAUGUACUACUUGAAAAACCUGCGCUUCACCGUGCCCUACACCAGAGAGGUGAUUUCUUUCAACGAUGGUGAAGUGCCCGGGUUUUAUGAAAUCCUUAACUGGCAGAGUGCUUCAGACGGUGGAGUCGCGUACGCCCAUGUCGGACAUUACAACAGCACGGCGGCGGUUGGGGAAAAGCUGUACAUCGACAACUCCUCGAUCAUAUGGCAUAACAGCAUGCGGCAGACUCCGCGCUCUGUGUGUAGUGAGAGAUGCCAACCUGGCACACGUAUGGGCAUCCGGCAGGGAGAACCCGUGUGCUGCUUUGACUGUAUCCCGUGUGCAGAUGGAGAGAUUUCUAACACUACAGAUGCCAGAGGUUGCAUUCAGUGCACUGAGGACUACUGGUCCAAUGCCAACCGUGACGCCUGUGUGCCCAAGACCAUCGAGUUCCUGGACUUCAGUGAAGCUCUGGGCAUCACAUUGAUCGUCAUAUCAGUUUUUGGUGCUCUCCUGACCAUCAUGGUGGCCAUUGUGUUCCUAAAGAACCUAAACACACCACUGGUGCAGGCUAAUGAUGCGUUGCUGAGCUUCACGCUGCUGUUGGGGCUGGUGGUCACGUUCCUCUGCUCCAUCGUGUUCCUCGGUAGGCCUCAGCUGUGGUCCUGCAUGACCAGCCAGGUGGCACUGGCACUCGGAUUCGCCCUGGCACUAUCAUCCCUCAUGGGCAAAUCUUCUCUGCUGAUGCUCAGAGCAAGAGCCAUCAAAAUCAUGAGGGUAGCAGCCAAGGCAGCCAAAGCGGCGGCGGCUGCCUCGGAGCAGAGCGGCGACACGGCAGCAAUUGCUCCGGCCAUACCACAGAAAAACGACAUCGAUCCCAUCAAACCUCCUCAACAGAGAACCAUGAUGAUCAUUUGCACGCUUAUUCAAGCUGUAGCCUGCACCGUGUGGCUCAUCCUGCUCCCGCCUCAUCCCGUGAAGAACACGGCCGCCCAGAACAUAAAGAUCAUCCUGGAGUGCGAUCCAGGCAACAUCAUCUUCAUCUGCUGCAUAUUUGGCUACGACGUGCUUUUGGCACUGAUGGCUUUUGUGUUUGCCUUCGUGGCACGCAAGCUGGAGGACCACAUCAGUGAGGGCAAGUGCAUCACCUUCGGCAUGCUGGUGUUCUUCAUCGUCUGGAUCUCCUUCGUCCCUGCUUACCUGAGCACACGUGGAAAGUUCAUGGUGGCCGUGCAGAUCUUCGCCAUCCUGGCUUCAAGCUUCGGCUUGCUGGCAUGCGUCUUCCUGCCCAAGUGCUACGUGCUGCUGGUCAAACCUGACCGGAACAAGGAGGAGCUGAUGGUGCCCAGGGCCAAACGGCCUGAAGCUGGAACCACUGGAACAUCUGCCAGCACCAAUGGCCCGAUCUCCACUAUAGAAGGAUGAUCAAAAAGAUCAUUACGUGCAUUUAUACAUCUAAU